UCAGGAUUCAGAUUUGCGUUGUUCAUUCUGCAAUAUAUCGUUUACUGACAUUGUCAUACAGCGUUUACACAUGUCAACUCACGAUGAUGAUGAAAGUAAACUUUGUACUCUCUGUAAAACUAUCUUCCGAGACGAGAAAGACUUUGCUCGCCAUUUUUAUACUUUGGAUUAUCACCAUUGAAAUUCAUUUAUAGAAACAGAAAAUCAUGGGCGACAAUUUAAUACAUAUGAUAAAUCCUGUUGACAGGACAAAUCAUGUGGGGCCAUUCAUUAUUCCUGGAGUCAUACACACUUAUCAAGACAUUUCUCCUCUUUCUAUUGACAAUGAUCUGUUCGAAAUUGAGGAUAUGUUUGAAGAUGCAAUAGAAGUUGUAGAAAUGAAUGAACAGGAGGAGGAUAUUUUACAAAAAGCUUUGACUGAAGCUGGUUUGCCAAUGGAUUGGAAUGAUUUUUUAGAUACUUUUGAUUUUACGGGUGAGAUGUUUCUGGGGGAAAUUGUGAGUUGUGAGUGGGAAACUGUAGGAUGUGAAGACUUUUCACCAGUAAUAGUGAAUGCCCCACUUUCAUCAAUUGUUGAAGAUAGAACCACAUUUCACUUUGGGACUGUGGUUCGGUAUUCACGGUUUAUGAAUAUGUGGGUUUGUGCACAGUGUGAGAUCAUUUUUCUUGAUUCUACUUUAUAUUAUAUCCACAAAAGUCAUCACAUUGUUGGAAGAAGUUUUUGUGCGUCGUGUGGGACAAGUUUCGAAACAAAUUAUUCACUGGCUUUGCAUCUAAUGAAUCAUUUCUAAUUAUAAUGAGAGAUUUAGCUUCAAUGAAUAGGUUUUCACUUAUUUCUUUAUGUAAGGCUGAGAGGUAUGUAUCAUACUUUUGUCAUACUACUACUACCAUUGCUUGUGUUUAUC